AACGUCUCCAACAUGGCCGAAUACUGGAAGUCAGCGCCCCGCUUCUGGUGCAAACAAUGCAAGAUCUUCAUUCGCGACACGCCGUUCGAGAAGACCCAACACGAAGCCAGUCCUAAACAUCAAGGUAGCCUCAAGCGCUUCCUGCGCGAUAUUCACCGAAACAAUGAACAACAGUCAAGAGAGACACAGCGCGCGAAAAGUGAGGUCGAACGUUUACGACAGGCCGUAGCAGGCGGUUCCUCGAAAAGCGAUCCCAACGGCCCUGCGCCUUGGAAGAAGGCCGCCGCACCCGCGCCUAAAUCUGCUGAUCGACCGGUCAGCGUAGAGGAGAGGAAGAAACAGAUGGCGCAGUUGGCUGAAAUGGGUGUUGCGAUUCCGGACGAGUAUCGCGGAGAUAUGGCCUUGGCUGGUGAAUGGCAGACACUCUCGGAGACCAAGAUUGAGGAAAUAGAAGGCGCUGCCAAGUCUAUUGGAGUACGCAAGCGCAAACAUGAUGGCGACGAGGAGGAUGAGGAUGAAGAAGGUGGAAAUCCCUCCGAGCGACUUGUGAGCAAAGGGUGGGGCUCGAGGAUGAGAGUGUACCCUGGGGCGCAGAAUGACGACGAUGAGGAGGGUCUAGAUGCCUUACUUGCGUCUACAAAAGACUUGAAGAAGUCUCAGGUCGCCCCUCCGGAUGCUGACUUGGAAGAGUCAAAAUCAGCCGGAGAGCCGAAGCCGGAGCUCGCUUCAUCCGUGAAGAAAGAAGAAGAGGCUGCGGAGUCCAAGGACCAGGAGAACGACCGCACCGCGCAUGUCAAGACGGAAGAACCAAGUGUUCCUUCUGCUGUACCGACUGAAGAGAAGCCGCCAGUCGAAGACGCACCUGGGCCUGUUUUCAAGAAGCGCAAGGCCAAGAUUAUGAGGAAAUAAGUUCUAAACACGACAUGACCUAGCUGUGCCUCAUUCCAACGAAUAAACCUUCCCAUACAUGGACCGAUGGGAUCACCCGAUACAGCAUGUUUAGGCAGCCAUACUACCACAAUCAUGUCCACGAUGUGUGUUGGAUUAGUGGCAGACUUAGACUGUGCCUCUGUGAGCGAAGACCUGAAUUUCGGCCACCUCCAGAGCCGCAUCCCUAUUGUUGUCUAGACAUACCAGCGACUUACUCAACCACUGUCGCUGUGUGAUCAGGCACUACUUAUCUGAUUACUAUCAAGCCAUCUGAAACUCCGAGUUUGGUUUCCUAAAUUGACGCGUGGGGUUUAGUGAUUGAUACAUCCAGUCAAGUCUACUAUGCAGCGGGAUCAUCGAUGCCUCCGCUCCGCUGAAGCCAGCGGGCAAAAAUACUGCCCUGAUGCUAGAGCUACCGUGCAGCCUAGCAAUCAUUAUUAAGAUGUAUAAAAUUGAUUUCGAUCAUGUUUUUGUAUAUAAAUUAAUGUAGC